CCCGUCUGCCAUCCCUCACCCUCUCCCCGCCGCCCGCCCUCUGUGCUUUGCGUUCCCGCCCCCUUCUGAGCAGAGUGGGCCUCCUUGGCUGGGGAUGGGGUCAUUCUUGGCUAUGGAAAGCAGAAAAGCCGCGAUGGCAGCGAAGCCCAAGCUCCACUACCCGAACGGGAGGGGCCGGAUGGAAUCCGUAAGAUGGGUUUUAGCUGCCGCUGGAGUCGAGUUUGAUGAAGAAUUCUUAGAAACAAAAGAACAGCUGCAGAGGUUGCAGGAUGGUAACCACCUGCUGUUCCAGCAAGUGCCAAUGGUUGAAAUUGACGGGAUGAAGUUGGUGCAGACGCGAAGCAUCCUCCACUACAUAGCGGACAAGCACCAUCUCUUUGGCAAGGACCUCAAGGAGAGAACCUUGAUUGACAUGUACGUGGAGGCAACACUAGAUCUUCUGGAACUGAUUAUCAUGCAUCCUUUCCUAAAACCAGAUGAUCAACAAAAGGAGGUGGUUAACAUGGCCCAGAAGGCUAUCAUUAGAUACUUCCCUGUGUUUGAAAAGGUUUUAAGGGAUCAUGGACAGAGGUUUCUCGUUGGUGAUCAGCUGAGCCUUGCAGACGUGAUUCUACUCCAAACCAUUUUGGCUCUAGAAGAGAAAAUCCCUAACAUCCUGUCUGCGUUUCCUCACCUUCAGGAGUUUUCAGUGAAAAUAAGUAAUGUUCCUACAAUUAAGAAAUUUCUUGAACCGGGCAGCAAGAAGAAGCCACCUCCAGAUGACAUCUACGUGAGAACCGUCUACAACAUCUUUAUGCCCUAAAACAGUACAUACACCUGUGAGUGAGAACUAGCGCCUGGAGGCUGCUGGGUCUUCAGCAGUAGCUUAUUUGAUGCCAGGCUGCUUGAUCCCAGCUCUGUCAUGUGCAGUGUAUAGUUGUUCCUAAGUUGGGUCUUUCAUGUCAAAGAGAUCUCUUCUAGAAACAUUAACAUUGUUUCAUCCAUUGAAAAACUGUUUUGACACCAUUUUCUGAAAACCUUUUUGAAAAGACUGGCAUUUAGAUCUGAUCUGGCUACCCAUUUCCCGAGAAGGAUGGGCAGGACCUCAUGUUCCCCUCUCAGCUUCUUUUCUCCUCUCCUUAUCCCAUUUUAAACCCCUCCUGUCUCUUCCUAAUUUUUAAUGUCUAAUAACAGUAGAAUAUCUAGUAACUCUCAGCUGUAAUAAAUCCACAUCAGUAAUGAAUAUGGUCAAUAUUAGCCAAAAUAAAGAGUUUACAAAUCAU